GAAAUAAUAUACAAGAGUUCUUAAGGUUUAUUGAUUUGUGAAUGUUGUGUGAUGCACCACACCGCAUUUUGUAUGUUAUCUUAUCAAAGCUUAUCCCAAGUUUAAUCCGAAAUCGUAAUUCUCCUCGUAGCACGCCUUCCCGCGAAGGAGCCUUUCAGUUUGUGCUUGGCAUUAGUCAGCGGGCUACGUCAGGCGGGGCUCCUGUUGACCACAGAACUGCGGGGAGGGGAAUGUUGCGUGGCCUCAAGUUUGUGACAGUCUUCGUGCGUUCGGUUAGCGGGGUCAGUGCUUGUCUGGGAUCGACGGAGGUGCGAGGAGGUUCCUGACACACGAGAUCUGAGAAGCAGUAAAGGAAAGAAUGCCAAACCAAAAUGACCCGGAACUGCCUUCGAAGAUGUCCAGGCUCAAUGAAAAGGAUUCGGACAACGAACUAUUAGACGUCAAAGUAGAGAUUCCUGAUGACGAGUCUACUAGAUUCAGUUGGAGGAAAUUAUGGGCAUUCACUGGUCCAGGUUUCCUGAUGAGCAUCGCUUUUCUAGACCCGGGAAAUAUCGAAGCAGAUCUUCAAUCAGGAGCAGUCGCCAACUAUGAGCUAUUCUGGGUGCUUCUGUGGUCAACCAUCCUCGGCUUAUUGGUCCAGAGGCUGUCGGCCAGGAUAGGCACAGUGACCGGACAGCACAUGGCGGAGAUCUGUUACACUGAGUACCGGUUCGUUCCUAGGAUAUUCCUCUGGCUCAUGCUGGAGAUAGCCAUCAUCGGAUCAGAUAUGCAGGAAGUCGUCGGCACUGCCAUUGCUCUCUACCUUCUAUCCAACGGCAAGAUCCCGAUUUGGGGUGGUGUCCUAAUCACGGUUAUUGAUACCUUCACAUUUCUAUUCCUGGACAAAUAUGGACUGAGGAAGCUGGAACUUUUCUUCGCUAUCCUUAUUGCCAUAAUGGCUGUCACCUUUGGCUACGAGUUUGCCAUGCAGGAGCCCCUCUUCACAUCGAUCGCUUACGGUACCAUUGUUCCACAAUGUUCUAACUGCGACAGCGCCAAAUUGCUACAAGCCGUUGGUAUUAUUGGAUCAUGCAUCAUGCCUCAUAAUUUAUAUCUUCACUCCGGUCUAGUCAAGACCAGAAGCAUCGACCGAACCAAGAACAGCAAAAUAUCUGAAGCUAAUUUCUACUUCCUUAUUGAGUCCGCGCUCGCACUAGCUUUAUCCUUCUUCAUCAACGUCUUCGUCAUGUCAGUCUUCGCUGAAGGACUGUACCACAAGACCAACCAGGAUGUCAAAGAGCUGUGCUUGAAUAAUUCGAAUCCAUAUGCUGAUCAUUUUCCGAACAACACCGAGUCUAUCAACAUCCACAUCUACGAGAGCGGUCUGUUCUUGGGGUGCAAGUUCGGUAUGGCCGCACUGUACAUUUGGGCUAUUGGCAUCCUAGCCGCUGGACAGAGCAGUACAAUGACUGGAUGUUACGCUGGGCAGUUUGUCAUGGAGGGUUUCCUCAACCUCACCUGGGUAAGGUGGAAGAGGGUACUCUUUACCAGAUCCAUCGCCGUGGUUCCAUCCUUCUUGGUGGCCUACAACACCGACAUGGGCAAGUUUUCUGACAUGAAUGACUUACUCAACGCACUAAUGUCAAUCCAGUUACCAUUCGCCGUACUUCCCGCCAUUGCUUUCUCAAGUAAUAUGAGGAUAAUGGGAGAGUUCUCAAACGGAGUAUGUAAUAAGAUCAUCGCGCUGCUCAUUUUCAUCCUCAUCUUCGCUGUGAACACGAUCCUGGUGAUAACUUAUGUUGACAGUAUAGAUCAGACAUGGCUUCUAGUCUUGCUAGCUAUCUACUUCGUAUUAUACAUCAUCGUCUGCAUUUACUUGAUACUCCAUUGCCUGGCUGCCCUCUUCAGCCCGGAUAGCUGCAUCAAUAGGUCUAAGAUCAUGAGAAAGUAUAUCUUGGGACAGUCGAUAACUGAGUAUCAUGACCAAAAAAUUGAAGCUGCACACAGUUCCAGCCACGUCAAUGAGCUUCAUUUGGAAGAUCCAUCUUUUGAUUCUUUUGACGAAGAGGAGGAUACGGACACGAGUCCCAUAAUGAAGACAUAUGUACACUGAAUGUGAUAGCGGCAGAUAUCCGAAUACUAUCUCCUUUACAACCAGCAGUGGCAAGUUUUAUCCCAAAGACGAUUAAGCUGGUAGAAGAGAAAAUAAGAAGUUGAUCCGGAGUAACUUUGUUAAGGCUACGAAGUGCCUUAAUUAUGGCUGAAUCAUACCAUCAGAGAUUUAUAACGAAUUUUAAUUUUAAAAAAUUACAACUUCAUUUUAUACUUUAAGUUUAGACGAAGAGAUUAUAAAGAUAAUAUGUAAAUAUAUUUUAAGGAAUUUUAAGUUACCACAAGGCAUUACUCAAUAAUUUGUAAAUAUUAUUUUAAAUGUUUAGAGUUACUUCUUGAUGUUCCUUGAUGUAGUAUACUAUUUAUACUUGUACAUCACGAAUAAAUAUUGUACGCAUUAAGUAUUUAUCUUAUAAUUUUUAAUGAAAACUGGAAGAUUAUUCUUAAUAAUAAGCUUUUUUUAAAGAGUGCUUUGUCUUUCAUAUGAUUAACCUUUUAGUCAACCUACU